UCCUUGCUGUUCAAGUGGGCGGAAUAACAAUGCUAGCCUUACGUCUCGCCAUCCGGAGGCGGAAGAACUAAGACAACCCGAGUCAACAACGCAACCUUGUCCCGGAACAACCACCUAUGGAGGGCCCGCACUCUCGAAAACAGACUAAGCCCCUUUUCAAUUUCUUGCCGGGGUAUGGUACACCAUCGUGAUGCCCAAAAGGUCGGGAGAGAAUGAAGAUAUAAAGCGGCUUCGCCAUGGCAGCUUCCGACAGACGCGAGCAGCGCCCUCCCCCGACUCUGAUCAUCAUCGGUCUUCGCCAUGGUCAAGCUCACGGAUCUCUCCGGCGCAGCUCUGCUGCCUAGUCUCGCCUCAGCCUACGCGCUGCCGGGGGCGUGCAGCGGAACCUGCACCAACACGCAUGAUCCGUCCAUCAUCCGGCGCGCGGACGGCACCUACUUCCGCUUCUCGACGGGCGGCAAGAUUGCCGUCCACACAGCGCCGGACCUGACCGGCCCCUGGACCUACAGAGGUGCCGUCUUGCCCAACGGAUCGUCCAUCAAUCUGGCCGGCAACGACGAUCUUUGGGCCCCAGAUGUCUCCCUCGUCGGCGACGAGUACUACCUGUACUACGCGGUCAGCACCUUCGGCUCGCAGAACUCGGCCAUCGGCCUGGCCCGCUCGUCCAGCCUGGACGUGGGCACGUGGACCGACCUGGGCGCCACGGGCGUCGCCUCGGACCCGAGCAAGUCGUACAACGCCAUCGACCCGAACCUGAUCAGGGACGACGGGGGCAACUACUUCCUGACCUUUGGCAGCUUCUGGGGCGACAUCCAGCGCGUGCGCAUGACGCCGACCAAGGUGAACGGCGACGUCUACCAGGUCGCCUACGACCCGAACGACACGGCCAUGGAAGGCGCCUACGUGUUCAAGUACGGGUCCUACUACUACCUGUUCUACUCCAAGGGCCAGUGCUGCGGCUACGACACGAACAAGCCGGCCGCCGGCAAGGAGUACAAGAUCAUGGUGUGCCGCAGCACCUCGGCCGUGGGGCCCUUCGUCGACAAGAACGGCGUGUCGUGCCGCAAUGGCGGCGGGACGGUGGUGCUUGAGUCGCACGAUUGGGUUUACGGCCCCGGCGGCCAGGGCGUGUACCAGGACCCAACCCACGGACCGGUUCUGUACUACCACUAUGUUGACACCCGCAUCGGUUACGCGGAUGGCCAGAAGCAGUUUGGCUGGAACACGAUCGACUUUUCCAGUGGCUGGCCAGUUGUCUGAGCCGGGAACUGGGCAUUAUUUCGAGACUGCUUUGGCAAGUAGACACCUAUCAUCGUGUGCCGUCUCAACCAGGAAGCGGGACGUGAUGAUAGGGCGUGGAUAAUUCUAUCUAGGGGAGAGCGG